ACACACUCACUCACUGGCAUACACCUUCGCUUCUCUUCUUACGCUGCGCACCGCUACCGAUGGAGGACGCGGCGCUUCGUGUUAGAACAAGACGCUGGUUACACAUUUCAGCAGGCUGGGAUCUGUUAGAUCUGAACACCAUAGAGUCAGAAUGAUAAAGCACGGACAGUACUAACCAAGAAUAUUCUUUGCGUAAGGCUCGUUACACAAUUGCAAGGAUUGAACUAACGCGUAAUUCUCCAAGCUGGUUGAUAGGGACAGGCGCACUUGUCCGCUCGGACUCUACUGUAUAUGGAGGGGUGUCGGGAUGGCUUGCACCAGGAGAACCAAAACUUUGGUGUCUACGUGUGUGAUACUAAGUGGAAUGACCAACAUUGUAUGUCUUUUGUAUGUCGGAUGGGUGACUAAUUACAUUGCUAAUAUGUACAUCAAAGUGCCGAUGCCCGUCCCGGCCAAAAAGUUGGAGGGCGAUAGGAAAGGAGAAACUCUGCGGAUUAUAGAGAGACUGGAUCGACUGGAGAAUGUAGUUAACCAGCAUAUACAAGAGUCCCCACUGAAAGGAGAUGACAAUCAGGUAGAUCGAUCUUUUUCGGACUCGUCCUUGUUCAACCACUGGGGUCAGGAUCUGGGGCCAGAGAAUCGCAGGGUGGCCCUUAAGAUGUUCCAGUAUUACGGCUACAACGGUUACCUCAGCGAUCGCCUCGCCAUGGACCGACCGAUCCCAGACUACAGACCUGAUGGGUGCAAAAACAUCACUUAUUCCCCCAACCUGCCCCAGGUCAGUAUAGUCUUCAUCUUUGUGAACGAGGCGCUCUCAGUCAUUCUGCGUUCCAUCCGUUCAGCCAUGAACCGGACCCCAAGCCACCUGCUAAAAGAGAUCAUACUGGUAGAUGACAACAGCAAUAACGAUGAGUUAAAGGAGAAAUUACAGGACUUUGUCAUGGAGACCAAUACCAAGAAGCCCGGUUUCAUUAAAGUGGUGCGGCACAGUAAGCAGGAGGGGUUGAUCCGUGCGCGUGUGAGUGGCUGGAGAGCCUCCUCUGCCCCGGUGGUGGCCCUGUUUGACGCCCACGUCGAGUUCAACACUGGCUGGGCUGAGCCAAUCCUCCAGAGAAUCAAAGAUGACAGAACCAGGAUUAUAUCUCCAUCUUUUGACAAUAUCAAAUACGACACGUUUGAGAUCGAGGAGUACCCGCUGUCAGCUCAGGGCUUUGACUGGGAGUUGUGGUGUCGGUAUCUGAACCCGACAAAAUCCUGGUGGAACUUGAAUAACAGCACUGCGCCCAUCAGGAGUCCUGCCCUGAUUGGCUGCUUUGUGGUGGACCGGCAGUACUUUGCGGAGAUUGGCCUGCUGGAUGAAGGCAUGGAGAUUUAUGGAGGAGAGAACGUGGAGUUGGGUGUGAGGGUGUGGCAGUGUGGUGGAAGUGUGGAGGUGCUGCCCUGUGCUCGUAUCGCUCAUAUCGAGCGUGCUCACAAACCCUACACGGAGGAUCUCACUGCGCAUGUGCGCAGAAAUGCUCUGCGGGUGGCUGAAGUUUGGAUGGAUGAAUUUAAGAGCCACGUCUACAUGGCCUGGAACAUUCCACAGGAGGACUCAGGGAUUGACAUUGGUGACAUCACGGAAAGGAAAGCGUUGAGGAAAAAGCUUCAGUGUAAGACAUUCCGCUGGUAUCUAGUGAACAUUUAUCCUGAGAUGAGAAUGUACACAGACACCAUUGCAUAUGGAUUGUUGAAGAACUCUUUAAAAAGUGACUUGUGUCUCGACCAAGGGCCCGACACAGACAACAUUCCAAUCCUUUACCUCUGUCACGGGAUGACACCUCAGAAUGUAUACUACACCAGCACUCAGCAGUUAUUCGUGGGCAUCUUGAGCCCCACCAUUGAUGACGACGAUAACAAGUGCCUGGUGGAUGUGAAUGGCCGACCGCGACUCAUUGAGUGCAGCUAUGCUGUUUCCAAACGCAUGAAGCUCCACUGGCGCUUUACUCAGGGAGGCUCCAUCCAGAACACCAAGUCAAAGCGAUGCCUUGAACUCGUGGCGAACAACGACAAUGAGUUUGGAUAUCAGCUGACCCUCCAAAAAUGCACGGGCCAGACAUGGACCAUCACCAAUCUGUUGCAUAGCACCUUAUGAUGGUUGCGCAAGGAACAGCAAUGAGAAACGAACUUGGGGACCUUUAAGCCUAAGCACCAGGAUGUCUUUUUUUGAUGAUGACAUCAUAUGAUAAAUGUUAAACAUUUUUCCUAGCUACUGUACUUGUGCAUAUUGAUCAGCAACAUUUGGCAGAUAUUGCUUUGUGUAUUAUGAGGUUCUACACUGUAAUGAGAUUUAUUAUGUGCGAGGUAUUCUUGGCCGCGUCUCGACUUGAAGGUUGUAUCGACUCCGGUGCACACGCUGGGGAUGUAAUUGCUACUGUGUAGCAAAGCUUUGGCAAUGUUCUUGCUGUAUUUCUUUCAAUCUAGUGUCUCAGGUUUGUAGGUUGAAAUUAUUUUGAAAUAACACUGUACAUUUUUGGGACAUGCCAGUAUGGUGGAACAUAUCUAGAUACAUUCAACUGUUUUAUAGCUACAUGUAUAGUGAAUAUUCUCGAUAUUUAUAAUUCAUGGCAUUAAAAGGACAACUCCUA